AUGGCAGGACUUCAGUGUUGUCAGAACCCACCAGAUAUUAGUUUAAGUUCAGGAAGUGGAUGUGUUGAAGAAAUUGGAGGUCUACAAAGCUAUGUUUCUGGUUCUUUGGAAUCAAAGCUUGGAAUUCUUCUUGUUUCUGAUGUUUUUGGGAAAGUAGUUGGUGAACUAGCAAAGUCUGGUGAUCUCAAAGCUAUAGUGAUGAUGCAUCCUUCACUCGUUACAGUCGAUGAUAUCAAGGUAAGUAUUGAUUUUAGUGUUAGAAAUGACAAGUGUAAAUUUUCAGAGAUCAAGGUACCCAUCUCCAUAUUGGGAGCUGAAGUCGACCAACUGUCUUCACCAGAACUUGUGAAGCAAUUUGAACAAGUUUUACAAACCAAAUCUGAUCAGGUGCCUAGCUUUGUGAAGAUUUUUAACGGGGUGGAACAUGGGUGGACUGUAAGAUACGAAAUCGAAAACAAAGAAGCUGUAGAGCAUGCUGAAGAAGCCCAUGCUAACAUGUUGGAGUUGUUCUCUAAAUAUGUCAAGUAA